CAGACUUUUCGGGAUCUACUAUCGUGGAGACGCAUUAUUGUUCGAUCUCUGGAAAGGAAUACGCAGUGGAAGUAGCAACAGUGUGAAGAUCCUGAAACAUGGAUACAAUUAAUAAAGAAAGGAAUGAAAAUGGGACCAAUGAAGGAUUGAAUAAGACGAAUUCUCUGGAGAAAUUCUACGCCGGUAAUGGGAUCCUUCUGACUGGAGCAACCGGUUUCGUUGGAAAAGCUUUCCUGGAAAAACUGAUCCGCAUAUGUCCACGCAUCGCUGCCAUCUUUAUACUAAUUCGUCCAAAAACUAACGAAACGAUAGAACAACGAUUUAAGAAGCUCAUAGAUGAUCCCAUUUACGAUGACAUCAAAGCAAAACACCCCUCGGUUUUGAGCAAAAUUUAUCCCGUGAAAGGUGACGUGAGUCUGCCGGAUUUAGGUCUUUCGCGAGAAGAUAGAAAUCUGCUGUUAGAGAAUGUAAACAUAGUGUUUCACGCCGCGGCCACUGUGAGAUUCAACGAGCCGUUACACGUCGCUGUUAAUGUCAAUACCAAAGGUGCUGCUCGUGUCAUUGAACUUUGGAACGAACUGAGGCGUCCGAUUAGCUUCGUCCAUAUUAGCACAGCUUAUAGUAAUGCGAAUCUACGUGAAAUCGAGGAAAAAGUUUAUACCACGAGCUUGAAACCUUCAGAUGUGAUCGAUGUGUGUGACAAAUUCGACAAAACGUCGAUGGACCAAAUAGAAAAAGGGAUUUUAAAAACUUAUCCAAACACAUACACAUUCAGUAAGAAUUUAGCAGAGCAGAUUGUAGCAAGCAAGUGCAAAGAUCUGCCAGUUGCGAUAGUACGGCCAAGCAUAAUUGGUGCUUCUCUGGAAGAACCAUGUCCUGGUUGGAUAGAGAAUAUCUCUGCAAUAACAGGUAUGACUCUGCUAAUCAGUAAAGGAUGUGCAAGAGCGAUAUUGGGUAGGAGAGAUGCAAGAUUGGAUAUAGUGCCUGCCGAUUUCGUAGUCGACGCGAUAAUAUGUAGUGCAUGGCAUGUCACGCUACAUCGCGAUAGUGAAGUUAAAAUUUACAACUGCACCAGCAACGCAUACUCUUUCAAGUUUGGCCCGCUGAUAGAUACUGUGGUGAAAUGUAGCAUAGAUACCCCACUGAACGAUACGCUGUGGUACCCGGAUUGUUCAAUGACAACUAAUAAAUAUAUUUUCAACGUUCUGAGUGUAAUUCCUUAUGUUUUGCCUGCGUUCGUCAUAGAUAUCUUUUUAAGACUCCGAGGCAGUAAACCAACAAUGAUGAAACUUCUCAAAAAUUGCAACAAGCUGUUCACAUCGGUAGCAUAUUUCACCACGAACGAAUGGACUUUCCAAAGGGAUAACUGCUCCGACUUGGCGAGGAAGGUGAAAAUGUUGAACGACAGCGAUGUGGUCAAACUAGAUUUACGGGAUAUGAAUUGGGAAAAAUACGUUGCAAUUUACCUGAUGGGAAUUAAGAAAUUUAUUCUGAAACAAGACUUUAAAUUAACAGCCCGACAACGAUUAUCAAGGUUGUACUGGAUACGUCAGAUCACAAAAAUGUCCGGUAUAAUGAUCUCACUACUGAUGAUAUACUGCAUCGUUUAUUGACCAUCUGAAAGUUAUUUCUUCUGUUUCAACCAAAGGAAUAUAAAUACAAUUUUAUGAAGAAGGGAGUCAUCAUCCUUUUCAUUUUGUCUCUUCACUCGUCUCCUUUCUAAAUAAAUCCAUUUAUGAUA